AUGGCAUUUUUAUUUAAACGAAAUCCCAAAAAUCCACCAGAAUUAAUAAGAGCAUUGAAUGAUCAAUUAUCAAAACUAGAUUAUACAAAUGAUCCAUCAAGUUACAAGAAAUAUCAAGAUGAAUCAGCAAGAUAUUUAAAACAAAUUAAAAAUAUUAUAUAUGGAGAUGAUGAAAAUGAACCACAAAUUGAUCAAAUAACUCAACUACUAUCGGAAAUCUUAACAACAAAUAAUCUUUAUGUAUUAACUACAAGUUUAAAUAAAUUAGAUUUUGAUUCAAGAAAAGAUGUAGUGAUAAUAUAUUCAACUUUAUUGAGACGUAACUAUAUAUCGGGUAUGAAUGGAGGUAUGGGAGGUAUAAAGUCAAUGUUAUCUUCAUCAAAUCCUCAAUCAGCACCUCCAGUGGUUGAUUAUUUAGUACAUAAAAAGCCAGAAAUUUUGAAUAUACUAAUAAGAGGUCCUGAAUCACCAGAGAUUGGAUUAAUAUCAGGUCAAAUCUUAAGAGAUUGUAAUAAAUUUGAAGAGAUUAAUAGAUAUAUUUUGUAUCGUCCCGAGUUUUGGAAAUUUUUUAAUUAUGUUGAAAAUCCAAUGUUUGAAAUAGCUUGUGAUUCAAUGAUGACAUUAAAUGAUUUAUUAACAACUCAUAAGAAAAUGGUACCUGAAUUUCUAGCAAAGAAUUACGAUACUUUUAUGAAUCAUAUAAAUGUAUUAAUUAAAUCAAAUAAUUAUGUUACAAAAAGACAAAGUGUUAAACUACUAAAUGAUUUAGUUUCAGAAAGAUUAAACUCCGAAUUUUUACAAAAAUAUUUCACAGAUACCAAGAACUUAAAAUAUACAAUGCUUUUAUUGAGUGAAAAACUGAAAAAUUUACAAUUGGAAGGUUUCCAUUUAUUAAAAUUUUUUGUUGCAAAUCCCAAGAAAACACCAAAAGUUAAAGAAACAUUAAUUAAGAAUAAACAAAAUUUUUUAGAAUUUUUCAAGAAUUUUGAUAUUUCAAGUUUCCAUGAUUCAAGUCUAAUUGAAGAAAGAAAUUACAUUAUAAAAGAAAUUGAAGCUUUACCUGAUAAAAGUACAAUAUAA